GACAGCUUACACAGGACAUGUAGAUCGACAGGUGGCGCGUUUCGACGGGUAGAGGGUAUUGUAACAUGCACUGAUUACUUCAUGGCUGUAUCCUAAACGACGGAUGAUGCCCGAUAUGUUCUAUCUGCUCAUCAUCAUUCAUCUGACUGUCAUCGGUGCCGCUUCACUAACCCCUGAUUCAAACCUCACUCGCUGUUCCAAUGGAUGUCAAAAACGAUAUGGCGGGUUGACCUGCCAAGCAUGUACUGGCGGGUGUUAUGGAGAAAGGUGUACACAGCACUGCAGCAACUGUGACAGGGAUGAGUGUCACAGACAUACGGGUGAAUGCUAUAGAUGUAAACCUGGCUACUACGGCAGGGUAUGUGAUACCAGAUGUCCUGGACAUUGCUGGGACACUACAACGAAACAUCAUGCUUUCUGUGACCGACAUACAGGUAGAUGCUCACAAACAUGCACAGAGGGAUAUUACGGCAAGUCAUGUGAACAGCAAUGUCCCGGCUACUGUUUACAUUCUAUCUGUGACAAACUGACAGGCCAUUGUCUCCGAGGUUGUCAGCGUGGCUGGAGAGGCCCCCGAUGCAAUAAGAAAUGCCCUACCAAUUGUCUGAGAGUUAAGUGUAACAGUGAUGGCACAUGUAAGGAUGGCUGUACGCCUGGGUUCUAUGGACUGAUGUGUGACAAGAUAUGUUCCAACUGUUACUCUUCUGGAUGCGACAGACUGUCGGGUAAAUGUGACCAGUGUCGUCCGGGCAACUGGGGGGACAGGUGUGACGAAACAUGCAACAGUGGGUGUUAUACUGAACGGGAUAAUUCUACCAAUUGUCACCGCGAUACCGGAACAUGCUCAGGUGGAUGUAAGGAUGGAUGGCAUGGAACACAUUGUAAUCUCACGUGCAGCGCUACAUGUAAAACUGCAUUGUGUUAUCGUGACGGCUCCUGUUACGAAGGCUGCCAAAAUGGCUGGAAAGGGUCAUCCUGCAACGAGAGAAUGUGCUCUGCAAACUGCCUCAACGAUAUCUGCAAUGGCGAUGGAAGAUGCACACUUGGAUGUAAACCAGGUUUCCAUGGUGACACUUGCGAUACGAAGAGGUGUUCAUAUACAGGAUGUUACCAUGUCAACCCGGAUGAGUGUGGUCCGGGUUUUUACGGCGAAACGUGCGAAUUGAAAUGCAGCACCAGCUGUAAAGCAGGGCCGGACAAUCUAAAACGUUGCCACAAAGUCACUGGUAGUUGUACGCACGGCUGUCUGGAUGACUUCUGUGAUAGAGACUGCAAAAGACAAAGAAGAAGUCUGGAGGUGGACAAAGACGAAAUACAUUGCUCGGAACAACUCCUUAAAUCAGCGGCUGAUCAGAAGAAAGUGGCUGUGGUACUGUUACCGUUGAUGCUGUCCCUCACACAGUGUCAUCUACCUACCUAGCAGCCUAGUGCCCGACACCUCACCGCGUCAGCUUGCUGGGGGUUACCCUCGUGGUCAUGUGGUUGUUUCGAGGCAUCUAAACUGCACUUGGAAGGGUGUGGUUAGACGAUGUCCUUGAGAACACUGCUUGACAUGCACUUGCCAUCAUCAUACAUUUGGGUUUAUGUGAAAGGAAACCAACGUAAAUAUUUUCAGAAGUAUUUUCUUACAAGAUACAAACAUUGUGUACCUGUUGCCCAACGUUGACGAUUUAGUCGAUAGGGCCAGAUAACAGUAGUGUACUUUCUUUUGUACCUCAGUUUAGUUUCAUCAUCUUUAUCCUCGGUACUCGUCUGAGGUGUCGCAUUUUUCUGUGGCCUGUCCUUCACAAACUACUGUUGUGUUGGGGACAGGAUACCAUUCCAAGCCCCACACUAGUACUUAUGGUUUACAUAUCUGACAAUGUCCAAAAAUUAACUACGUAAGUAUUCACGAAUUUGAUUUUUGUGAAUAUAGUACUAUGGUUGUUAUGUGUCUAUUCGUGAAAGUUAUUGACUUUACGUCAGAUUUGUAAUAUGAACUAUGAACAAUAAAAUCCUGUAAAAUAUC